AUGGAUGUGGAGAGGUUGGGCAAGCCACUCCAUGAUAAGUCCUGCCAAACAGAUGAUCUUUGCCAUGGAUGUCCUGAACCUAACAAUGCCCGCAAGGCACCAGUGUACAGUAUAGAGCCAGGAGACCCUCCCCUACUGCAGCAGCAGCUACAGACUUCCAAGUCCGGUAUUCAACAGAUAAUUGAGUGUUUCCGCACAGGUACCACACAUCUCAAACACAUCCUGCUUAAGGAAGUGGACACGAUCUUUGAAUGUAAACUCUGCCGCAGUCUAUUCAGGGGUCUGCCUAACCUCAUCACACACAAAGAGUACUACUGCCUUUCCAGACUACCUGAACCUGCUGACUCCCGUGGAGAUGGUAAACAGAGCAUACCCAUUAAGGACUUGCUGGAGGCUAUUUACCCUCGGCAGGAACGACAGGACUAUGCAGUGACACUGGAACCAAUAACAGGGAAUCGGAAUGCUGUGUUCCAACACCUGCACACAAAGGAGGGCAUGGACCAGCAGCCUGGUUCUGAUAGUCCAGACCGUUCCAGCACGGUACACUUGAACCAGCCCAGUCAUGACAGUGAAAAUGACGCGGUGGAGGAGCACUGCACUGAAGGGGAGUUCGAGGUGGAGGAAGCAGAGGAAACAAAUUCUGAAGAGGAAGAAGAGAGAGAGGAAACAGUGGAAGAAGCCCAGAAGGAGGGAACAAACGAAGGAACAAAUGAAGAAGAAGAAGAAGAGGAGGAGGACGACGAUGAAGACGACGAGGACUCGAGCAGUGGUAUAACAGAUUUGACCAUUACUUGCUGUAUGUGUGGUAAAGACUUUAACACCCGCCGGGGAAUCCGUCGACACUGCCGCAAGAUGCACCAGCGCCGCCUGGAUGAGCUCCGCAAGUUCACCGAGACACGCACCGUACCCAUCAGCCUCCUGUCUGUGGUGAAAAACCGGAGUACCGGUGCUAUAGUGUCGCCUAAACCCAACCGCAAGAGAUGCCCUGUCUGCUUCAAAACCUUUGCCACCACAGCCAACGUUCGACGGCACUUUGAUGAGGUGCACCGUGGGCUGCGUCGAGAUCUGAUCACACCUGACAUUGCCACCAAGCCCGGGCAACCCCUCUCACUGGAGGGCACACCUCCCCAUCAACGACCUGGCUCCCCGGCCAGUGCUAAGAAGUCCGUACACCAGCAGCUGUACAACAUAGCAGCCUGCAAGUGCCUACUUUGCCAGAGGAAGUACAGCACCCAGGAACGGCUCAAAAGACACUUGCGUAUCGUGCACAAAAUCGUUAUGAUGAAGAAUGCUAAAUCAUCAUCAAAUGACACCCAAACAUCAGCCUCCAUCUCCAGCACUGCCAAAAAAACACCUAACACCAAGGUUACAGGCUCAACUGAGACCACCCCUGCCUCCUCAAGUAAUGCAAGUAGGCGUGGCCAGCUGAAAAGACGGAAGUUAGAUGUUGGAGAGAACAAUCCAGCAUCACGCAAACCCAAGCUCUCAAUGGGCUUUGACUUCAAGCAGCUUUUCUGUAAGCUAUGUAAGCGGCAGUUCAGCUCUCGGCAGAACCUCACCAAACACAUUGAGCUUCACACAGACAACGGUAACGAUAUCUUCAUCAAGUUUUACCGCUGCCCACUCUGCCGCUACGAGUCUCGGCGCAAACGUGACGUACUGCGCCAUGUCAGUGUGGUUCAUAAGAAGCCGCCUAGCUAUCUGGCCAGAAUCAUGCCCAACCUUGAGAGCCGUGCAGUGAAGAAACCUGCAGAGGUUGUACUCAACAAUGUCGUCAAUAAGCGCGGCAAGUCACAAACACAGGAAGUCAACGGGCGUCAUGAACCCGCCCCUCCUCAGAACAGCCGUAAACAGCUUUCAGAGUCGUUGCAGUCCAGCACAGAGGUCCGGGUCACCAAGAACUUCUCCUUGCACGCUUGUGAUAUGUGUGGCCGAGCCUUCGCUAAAAAGGUCUACUUGGAAUCGCACAAGAGGAGUCACAGAAAUGCUACAGCAUCCACUGUUGCCCAAGACAACAGGAGUAAAGGAGUAAGCACACGAUCCAAAGCUCUGCUGUGGUAA